UUAACCAUCAGGUUGCUAAGGUAACCAAGUAAACUAAAGCGCCAGCUUUAAAAUUAUUUUUAGUGCAAAUUAGUUUGAUCAAUACUGCAAACUAAAAUACGAAUUUCAUAUUUUUAGACUAUAAAGUAUUUAGAAAAUAUACACAAUGUCGAAUAUUUUGGAAUCAAUUGAUUUAGAAGAUACCGAUAGCAACAGUUUGAAAAAAGAAGCGAAAAAGAUGGCGCGAAAGAAAAAUAAGGAAACUUUCAAAAAACCGACACAUUUAUUUAUGCAUGAAAAGUGCCUAACAGCAAUACCGAAGCCGAAAAAUGCUACUCAUAUCGUAUACGCCUAUUACCAUAAUAACCACAUAUCAUAUUUGGAGAAUUUUGAUUUAUUUUACAACGUUACCCACUUGCAUCUACAAUGGAAUAAAAUUGAGAAAAUUGGGGGAUUGGAAAAAGUCCACAAAUUGAAAAAGUUGUAUUUGGGAAAUAACAAGAUCAGCGUUGUGGAGAAUUUGGAGAACCUGAAACAUUUGGAGGAGUUUCAUAUUGAAAAACAAAAUAUUGAUGGACCCGAUGGCCUUUGCUUUGACCCAAGAACUAUGGCAUUCCUUGGGGGUUCACUACGAAUCCUAAAUGUUUCUGAGAACAAACUAACAGAUAUGAUCUGGGUGAAGCCAUUGCGGAAACUAGAGGUCCUCAUCGCUAAAAAGAAUAAAUUAGAAGACUAUCAAAGUGUAGCUGAUGACAUGUGCACGUUGAUUUCUCUUGUUGACGUAAACUUCACCGGGAACCCUAUGUCGAAGAAACAUCGCUACAAGGAGACGAUCAUCGCGAGAUGUGCUCAACUACGAGUACUGGAUGGUGUUGUUAUCCACGACACUUCGAAGUCGUUCCUGCAGAGUUUUGACAGGAAGAUCAGACUGCGGCAGUUGAACGAUAAGCACAAACACGAGAUGAACCGACAAGGACUAGACGAGUUCUUCGAUUUGAACAUGUUGCCGGGCCCUAGGGCACAGAGCGCUCUAUCUAUUGCUGAAUAUUCUAAUCAGAAACCCCGAAUUACUGCAAUUGACUCCACAUACACAUUCAUGCCACGCGCUUUUUGGCGUACGCGGCCAACGCAGACGCCCGUCAAAGCAACUGCUCCACCCAUGGAGCCUCCGCCGCAAGUAAAACAACCGAGUGACUCGAACCAACAAGUUUUGAAGGGAAUUCUAAAGAAACCUAUGCCAAUGAAAUAUUUGCCUAAAGUAGCGUUUUAUCUCAGUGGAGAUAUAAAAGAGGUGUGUUUUCUGGAGCCUCUGGUGUUCCACAGGGAGUUCGUGGCUAAGAAUGUUCCGGUGGUGCUACGGGGCGGGUGUGCAGGAUGGCCGGCGACUAAGAAAUGGAAUGCGCGGUACUUUCGUGAAAAACUAGCUAACAAAAAUGUGACAGUGGCCAUAACACCCAAUGGUUUAGCAGACGGGAUCACCAGUGAUGAUACAGGGGUGGAAUAUUUUGUUACUCCGUAUGAGGUAGACAUGCCUAUGCCGGAGUUUCUAGACAGCCUUGAUGCUAAAAUAGACAAAUAUAUAACAUAUAUCCAGCGCCAAAACUCCAAUUUGACGGAAGAUUUCAAAGAGCUACUCGGAGAUGUGGAACAAGAAGUGCCAUUUGCCAGUCAGGCUUUUAACAAGAAGCCUGAUGCUGUCAACUUCUGGAUGGGUGAUGAGCGAGCUGUCACUUCUAUGCACAAGGACCCCUACGAAAACAUCUACUGCGUGAUAGAUGGUCACAAGGACUUCAUCCUUAUACCACCCACAGACCUGCCCUAUGUUCCAUACAAACGAUAUCCUCAAGCAGAGUUCAGAAUAAUAGACACCCAGUGGCAUAUUAUACCUAAUACUGGGCAGAUUGAGUGCCAGGGCAUUGAUAGUACGAAGGAUAUUGGUAUACCUUGGAUUUGCAUAGAUCCCCUAAAACCCGACUACGCCAAAUACCCAGAGUUCAAAAAGGCGAACGCGUUUAAAGUUCGUGUGAAUAAAGGCGAUUGUCUAUACCUGCCUAGUCUAUGGUUCCACCACGUGACACAAAGCCACGGAUGUAUAGCGGUCAAUUACUGGUACGAUAUGGAGUUUGAUAUCAAGUAUUGCUAUUUCAAAAUGCUGGAGAGUUUGUGCGCUAAAUAUUGAAGUAAGUAUUAAAAGAAUCUAUUUUUAAAUUAAGUAUUUCUGUUUUCAUCGCUCCUAUCUUGUUACAACAAAGAUUUGUGCCGUUAUUUGUUACUUAUGACAUUUCUGCACCGUCAUAAAGAUUUAUGUCUAUGUAAUAUUUAUAAAAAAAAUAUAUUUAUUUAUCGGUUAUGGGCCCAGUGCGAAUCCACUUGAGUAGGUAUUUGGCUACAUGUAGAAUAAUGUAAACAAAUCAUAUUUGUGGUGUAGACGAGAGUAUCUUCUGUCUUCAAAAUGUUUUAUUUACCGUUGUAGACUAGACAUUAUGGUCAAUGGUCGGUACAGACACGUACGGCCAAGACAAUUUCUUAACAGUUCGCGUUUAUUGUAUGAAAUUGUAAUGAAUGUGGCUGAUUGCAUAAUUAAUGCAAUAUCAAUUUUAUAUAAUAAACUCUCAUUGCUACGCAUUACGCAUAAGGCAUGCACCGGCCUUUAGCCAAUAUUGUAAAUAAGCUAAGCUAAGUUUCGAAAAGGACAUGUUAUAAUCGUGUAUUUAUUAUAAUCAUUUUUACAGUUAAUAAAAUAACUGAAAACUAU